UUCUAUAUAAGCGCAUCUGCGGGUAUUGAGCGCAACAUUUGAGUUCUGAUCAUGCGAGCGUUUACAGUGUUUAGUUUGUUAGCAGUUUCACUGGCCUUGAGCAACGGCUAUGGAGUAUCACAUAGCGGUGGAGGGUCCGGUGGACUAGGUUUAGGUCUUGGUCUUGAUAUUGGUGGUAAAGGUGGCCUUUUGGGUCUUGGCUUAGGAGGUGGCGCGAGUUUGAGUUCGGCAUCCGCUAAUGCGGCAAGCAGUUCCGGUUCCGGUUCAGGUUAUGGUGGCAGCGGUUAUGGUGGAAGUGGAGCCGGUGGCGCAAGUGCUGGUGGUUCUGCGUCGAGCGGGCUUGGACUGGGUCUAGGCCUUGGCGCUGGUCUGGGUGGCAGUGGUGGUGCUGGAGGUGGCUUUGAUGGAGGUGCUGGCGGUUCAGGCGGCGCUGGUGGUUAUGGCGGCGGUAAAGGCGCAUCUGGUGGAUACGGUUCAUCUGGUGCCUCUGCUGGUAGUUCAGCCAGUGCUGGCGCAGGCGGCGGCGCAGGUGGUGGAUUUGAUGGAGGCCUUGGCGGUGGACUCGCUGGUGGUUCAGCAAAUGCUGGCGCCGGAGGUGGAUUUGAUGGAGGCCUUGGCGGUGGACUCGGUGUCGGUUCAGGCGGCGCUGGUGGUUUUGGCGGCGGUAAAGGUGGUGCCGGAGGAUAUGGUUCAGCUGGUGGGUCCGCUGGUGGUUCAGCCGGUGCUGGAGGCUUUGGAAGUGGACUAGGUGGUGGUGCUGGCGGUUCAGGCAGUGCUGGCGGUUAUGGUGGCGGCAAAGGCAAUGCCGGUGGAUAUGGUUCAGCUGGCGGAUCCGCUGGUGGCUCAGCCGGUUCAGGCGCCGGUGGUGGUUUUGAUGGAGGUUUCGGAGGUCGACCUGGAGGUUUUGGCGGCGGUCAAGGUAGCGCCGGCGGACAUGGAUCAGCAUCGGCCGGUGGUUCGGCUAACUCUGGUGCUGGAGGUUUUGGAGGUGGACUUGGUGGUGGCUCUGGCGGUGCAGGAACCGGUGGUGGUUAUGGCGGCGGUAAAGGUGGUUCCGGAGGACAUGGUUCAGCUGGUGGUUCUGCCAAUGCUGGCGCCGGAGGUGGAUUUGAUGGAGGCCUUGGCGGUGGACUCGGUGUCGGUUCAGGCGGCGCUGGUGGUUUUGGCGGCGGUAAAGGUGGUGCCGGAGGAUAUGGUUCAGCUGGUGGGUCCGCUGGUGGUUCAGCCGGUGCUGGAGGCUUUGGAAGUGGACUAGGUGGUGGUGCUGGCGGUUCAGGCAGUGCUGGCGGUUAUGGUGGCGGCAAAGGCAAUGCCGGUGGAUAUGGUUCAGCUGGCGGAUCCGCUGGUGGCUCAGCCGGUUCCGGCGCAGGUGGUGGUUUUGAUGGAGGUUUCGGAGGUGGAUCUGGAGGUUUUGGCGGCGGUCAAGGUAGCGCCGGCGGACAUGGAUCAGCAUCUGCCGGUAGCUCGGCUAACUCUGGCGCCGGAGCUUUCGGAGGCGGACUUAGUGGUGGCUCUGGCGGUGCAGGAACCGGUGGUGGUUAUGGCGGCGGUAAAGGUGGUGCCGGAGGACAGGGUUCAGCUGGUGGUCCUGCCGGUGCCGGCGCUGGAGGCGGAUUUGACGGAGGCUUUGGAGGUGGAUUAGGUGGAGGAGCUGGUGGUGCUGGAGGUUUCGGUGGUGGAAAAGGUGGAGCUGGAGGACAAGGUUCAGCAUCAGCAGGUGGCUCUGCUGGAAGUGGAUUUGGUGCCGGUGGAGCCGGUGGUUAUGGCGGCGGUAAAGGCGGUGCUGGUGGAUUUGGAUCUGCAGGCUCCGGCGGAGGUGCCGGUUUCGAUGGCGGCUUUGGUGGUAGUGCUGGCGGCCAAGGUGGCGGUCACGGCCAUAGAAAACACGGACAACAUGGUCAUGGCGCCGGCGGUCCUGGUUUAGGUCUCGGUCUUGGUCUUGGCCUAGGUGGAGGUUUUGCCGGACCUGGCAGUUUCGGUGGCUCCGGCGGUUUUGGUGGCGGUAGUGCUGGUGGCGCCGGCGGCAGUGGUGCCGGAGGUUUUGGCGGCAGUGGUGCUGGAGGUGCCGGUGGCUAUGGCGCUGGUGGUCGUGGUGGUGCAGGUGGUUAUGGCGGCAGUGGAGGCUAUGGUGGUGCAAGUAGUUCUGCUCAUUCGUCAGCAUCGUCGUCAGCAUCAGCUUCAGCGUCGGCAUCAGCAUCGUCAGGUUCCUUCAAAACAGGAUAUGGCCGAUAAGCAACACUUAGCUUUCCCAUUUACUCGCAUAUAAGUACUACAUAAGUUUUUUAGAAAAGCAGAGAUUUUUUGUGUUCUAUUAUAAGUAGAAAUAGCAUUAUAAAUUCGUAUUGUGAUUGAGAAGUAAACGAAACAAAUGAAAUAAUUUUCAAUAAAGUAAUUUUUAACGACUUUUAAAA